AAAUACUGUAGAAGCCGCAGCCGCAGCCGGAUUGCAGCCGCAGCAAGCCGCAGCGAACAAGCUGCUAGAGUGAACUGUGUGGUGCAGGUGCAGCAACGUCAGAAACUGAGGCGGGGACGGGCAAGAGGAAUCUGCCAUGGAGCUAGCUGUUGGUGUAGCGUCGCUGUCACUGCAGCCUCACGCUCGCUCAGACCCCAAAAGGGCAAUGAAGGGCCCAAAUUAGCUGGUGCCCUGCCCUGCCCUGCCUUUUAACCGCUGCUCCCAGUACUCCUAGUGCCUUUCUUGUUCUUCCUUUUUGUGUGUGUGUGUGUGUGUGUCUCAGCAAAAGGCGCGAAGGAUUUCUACGUACAGCUCCAGCCUCCAGUGGGUAACUGCCAUGGUUACGGCCAGGGGAUGCGAGUCUAGUCUAAGGAAAAGGUGUUCACUCAUUUCACCCCUUUCUCAUUCUCAACGAACGGUAGUUGCAGUCAGAAAGAUAAGAAAUCGGAGCGGGCCGUGGGGCGUCAGGCGUGGGCUAGGGAUGGCAACGGUCUCUGGAGUCUGGACGAGUCCCCCCGUCCCUGAUCUCUCUCGUUUCCCUUGCUCCCCGUGUUGGGGACAUCUCUAGUGCUUGAUCUGUGUGUGAUUGCAGCAGGAACAGUCCAAGUCCCGCCCGGACGCCGGUCCUGCUCUGCUCCUGCCUGCCAUGUACGUAUCUAGCUACGCGCCAAUGGCAACAUGAAGCAUGCAAGGACAUGGCAUGGCAGGUAUGGUAGGGCAAGCAAAGCCACAGCCCGCAGCUUCACUCCACGGUCGCGCUUAAUGGCACGCGAGCAUGGAUUGGUGGGGUGCAUGGGGACAUGGGGUCCGCUUCGCUUCAGGUCCAGGGCCACCGGCGAGAGAGUUCUCGGCAUAUUUAUCUGUUUGAGUCUCUCACUAGCCCACUGCACAGCCUCUCACAUGUCCUGCAGGCCUGGAUCAGAGAGAUUCAGAAAGGAGUACCAAGUCGUGCAAUGUACUCCGACCAGACAAAGACAACAUGUCCCUUGAGCCGAUCGAAUUCGGUUAAAAUUUCUUCUUCUUUUACCAUGAUUCAGGUCAAAACCUAAAAAUAACGACAGAAUCGGAGCAAGAGCAAUAACGUCUGAGGCUCUAGAGCUUACCAAGCUCAGCUCAACUGGCAGCCAGUUUAUCACCGGCCUAAAUUCUAAGGGCUGCAAGAGUAAAAACCCAACGUGUACGUGUUCCAAUGCAAGACAUGCAGUCUCAGUAUGUGUUCUAUCAAAAAGAAACAAUCCAGCGGUGUUUUUUUUUUCUUUUUCUCUAGACUAGAUAGAGUUGUGACUUUCCAAGGCAAGAAGACAUCAUAUCCAGCGGUUAGCUGGGACACAGAUCCUGGAAGACGCAAAGAAAUUCUAAGUUUAGGAACCCCCACCCCACACCUAGUCUAUUCUUAGCUCAGCAAAUCCUCCUCCGCGCAAAGGCAUGAAGCAAAUGCUCAUCCCGUCUGACCACAUUUCCCCCCACAGAGAUCACAUUUACCGCGCACAAAGCACCAACAACGAUCGAUAGACUGUAUGCGAGAUCAUCAGCACAGGGAGGGAGGGAGGAAGGAGGAUGCGGCAUAUAGACUCUACCCACCACCGGUGCUCCCAUCGUCAACACGACGAGGUCUGCAGAUUGGUCUGUGCGUUCUAGAGAGAGCCUGAGAGGGGGAGAGGUUUACCAACUGCAAGAGCGGAGAAGGAACACGGAUCCAAGGUUUCACACGUACCGUUGGGAGAAGAUGAGUUGCUUUGGAUGCUUCAAGAAAGAGAACAAGAUGCCGCCCAGGAGGAUUGAAUCCAGGGAGGUUGCGGUUGUGAAGACGGCCCCGAGCCAGAAUGAAGCGCCUCCCAGGGAAUCUGGGUCCAUCAGGCCAUCACUGGUCACUUCAAAGCACAAGCACAAGCCAUCAUCUGAAACGGCAGCAAGCAUUGAGCCUCCUAAAGGAAGCUGUUCCGUUGCCAAAACCGCAAAAGCGUUCACAUUCCGUGAGCUAGCCACGGCCACAAAGAACUUCCGUUCCGACUGCCUUCUUGGAGAAGGGGGCUUUGGCAGGGUAUACAAGGGCAAGCUUGAAAAUGGACAGCUUGUUGCUGUCAAGCAACUAGACCUGAAUGGGUAUCAAGGCAACAGAGAGUUCCUAGUUGAGGUCCUUAUGCUCAGUCUAUUGCACCAUCCAAACCUAGUCAAUUUGGUCGGCUACUGCGCAGAUGGAGAUCAAAGGCUUCUGGUGUACGAGUACAUGGCACUUGGCUCACUUGCAGAUCACCUGCUUGACAGCACUCCUGAACAAGUGCCGCUGAGUUGGUAUCUCAGGAUGAAGAUAGCUCAUGGAACUGCUAAAGGGCUUGAAUACCUCCAUGAGAAGGCGAACCCACCUGUCAUUUACCGGGAUCUCAAGUCCCCCAACAUCCUCCUUGAUGAGAAGUACAACCCUAAGCUCUCAGAUUUUGGGCUUGCAAAGCUUGGUCCAGUCGAGGGAAAGACACACAUCUCCACUCGGGUGAUGGGAACAUAUGGGUACUGCGCUCCGGAAUACAUAAGAACAGGCCAACUAACUGUCAAGACUGACGUGUACAGUUUUGGGGUUUUCAUACUAGAGUUGAUCACAGGAAGAAGAGCAGUGGACACCUCCAGGCCAGCAAGUGAACAAAUCCUAGUUAACUGGGUCAAGCCCAUGCUGAGAGACAGGAAGAGGUACAAUGAGCUAGUAGACCCUCAUCUUAGAGGUGAGUACCCAGAAAAAGACUUGAGCCAGGCGGUAGGUGUGGCAGCAAUGUGCCUACAAGAGGAAGCCUCAGUCCGGCCUUACAUGAGUGAUGCUGUUGUGGCCCUGGGAUUCCUUGCAGAAAUGCCUGCUGGCUAUAAACACAAAUCUGGCCCUAUACUCCAAAUGAAAGUUGGAGAUCCCUCACUAACCGGUAGCGCUAAGCAAGAUAAGGAUGCAUACAAUCGUCAAAAAGCUGUAGCCGAGGCCAUUGAGUGGGGCUCACUGAGGCAGAAACAGAAGGCUCAAAGCCAAGGUACAGUAUCCCCUCCAGAAGCCAGCAGAUUGUGAAACACCUUUGUUGUGCACUAGGCUACCUUCUGACUUGUAAAAGGACAGACCAGUGUGCACUAGGCUACGUCAAAUCCAAGACCUUUGGCUUAGAGGGAGGCUUCUUACUACUGCGUCAGGCCUAUGCUUCACCGUCUAACUUGUAACCCUCCAAUUUUGCAUAAGCCUUAGGGCCAAAUUGUCCCACAUAGCUGAGAGUUUGUAAAUGAAGUUCUCCCAUAAAGAUGUAAGGGGUCCAUAACGUAUUUGCUGUUAA